CUGUGCAACACAUCAUUUCCUCAGAAUCUCUCUUUCCUAUAGGGUUUAUAAUUAUUAUUAUUACACACACAAGUUUUAAACACUCACAAUGGCGUCAGGCUCAAUGUCUUCUUAUGGCUCAUCAGGCUCGUGGACUGUUAAGCAGAACAAAGCCUUUGAGCGUGCUCUAGCGGUCUACGACCAAGACACUCCUGACCGUUGGUACAAUGUUGCUAGAGCCGUUGGUGGUAAAACACCAGAGGAAGCUAAGAGACAAUAUGAACUUCUCGUGCGUGACAUCGAAAGCAUCGAGAAUGGUCAUGUCCCGUUCUCUGACUACAAGACUACUGGAGCUACCAACAGAGGCGGCGGCAGGCUGCGUGAUGAGGAAAAGAG